AGAAGGCUUAGUUCGACAAGUAAAAAAAGCAACUAGAACUUCUGAAGUAGAACUUGCUGGAGAAAAUGCUCUAGAGAGGUAUGAUGGUGGAGCAUAUUCUCAAGUUUUGGCAACAAGCAGGUCAGAUUCUGGAAAUGCAUUGAGCGCAUUUACAUUCCUAAGAAUGAACAAACGCUUGUUUGAGCCAGAAAAUUGGCAGAAUUUAGGGCAAUUCGUGAAAAGCAUGUCAGAAGGAGGCCGAAAUGCUAGACGUCCAGAGUGUGACUCAAGCAGGGCAGACCUCUAUGUAGGAUUUAUCAAAAAGACUCAUUCUAUGAAAGUUCAAGAGAUAGCACUAGUGUAAAGAUAUGUAUAUGUAUAGAGGUAAUAUGGUCAUCCCAUUGUAGGUUAGCAGAGAACAGUGGCAAAAAGUAUUAAAGUGCCAUUACUCAUAGCACCUAAAAGAGUCCACAAGAAUUUGAGCCUGUGUCUGAAACUAAACUAUAGACGACAAGAAAAAGAAGCUUCGUCUGUCAAUCUUCCCCAUUCUGGUUCAGAGGUUGUGAAGCUCCGGGGCAUUGGGAUGAUGAGACAGCAUCAUACAAGGAUUUGAAUGAGCAUAUUCUUUUCUUUGUACAAAUCAAUAAUUUUCUGCCUUCCACGUUUAUUAUUGUAAUAAAGGAGCUAAUAAUAUUGCUUCCUAUACAUGCAUUUUCCUGUUAAUAUUUCUGCUUUCUUCC